UUUAGUACAUAAAAAAUAUGAAUUUUUAUAAACAUUCACAAUCAAGUAAUCCUGGUUUUAUUUCGUUGUCAACAAAAGUCAAUAUUCGCCAGAAAUAUUUGCGUGUUUUCAUCAAUUAUGAAAAUAAAAGAUUUGAUACCGACAAGUCAUUUUAAUGGGUUUGGUGCUUCAAGAGUGAAUCAACAUCUCUUGGAGCUUACAAUACUGAGAAAAACGAAAGUGGAUGGCUGGUGAUUUAGCCAUUUCCUCGUUAAUUGCCAUUACACUUGCACGCAGGAUUAAGUACCGUGAAGCUUGGCGCAGUUUGAUUUUACUGUGACUUUUCACGGAAUAACGAAUUAAGGGGCCCACUAAUUGGUUUCGUCAAAAGGGCCAUCUAACAGUCAAGGAGGGAGGAACGAAUUUACGCGAGGGUAGGGAGAAGGACACGUUGCGUAUACACAGACGAGUGAGGUGUACGAUAAACGUUUCGCUUUCCAGUUUUCACGGGGCUACCGUGGCAAAAGAACAUACAAUAGCGAAGCAACGAUUUACUGAAAAGUUAUUCUUUAUAGCAAAUAAACAGUAGCUGUCUUACUGUCUGACAAUGGAACGAUGUUACUUCGAAUCAUACGUCGUGUUUCGAGCACAUCGGUGUGCCAAUAUUUGGUUGUGUAUAUGAACAGUUUGUGUUUAUAAAUAAUUUACUCAGGAUGAUAUUUAUCUAUUUUGAUAAAUGUUUUAGUGAGAAAGCUUUAAUUUUUAGUGAUCAUAAGUGAUUGUAUUGUGCUGGCGCAUAAUAGAGAAAUUACCAUAAUAGAAACGUUUGAUUUCUUUCGAAAAUAGAAUGACGAUGUCCAUGUGAAAAUAAAAAUGAAUUCGACAGUUUUCUAUAAGAAAGUACGUAGUUAAGUGUUGCGCAAGAGAAAUAUGUGGUUUCACCGGCAAAUGAAUUCUAUAUUCUACGUGGACGCUGACAUUAAGCCUGCAUAUUUGGCUAAAGAUGACAGGAUGGAAACCGAGGUGCGAACGCUCAAGCAAGAGCUGAUUCGUACUCAGGAGGCCUUGAAGGCAGCCACGAAGAGAUGCCGUGAUCUGGUGAAAGAGCUGGACAAUCGCACUGCGAACCACGAGUCCGAAAGAAGUCUUCGAGAUCAGCAAUUAUCGCGGAUACUUCGUGCUCUGUUGGUGCUGGAGGCGCGGCUGAAGCAAGAGCAGAAAUCGAUCAGACAACUACUUUGCGAAAAGGACAAUGUGAUCAAGAACCAGCAGCUCGAAAUCGCUAGGCUCAGACGUUACACCAAGAAUUAUAUCAAAUGCAAACGCGAACAGACCCUUGGUAAAUCGUCAAUGAAGCUUAACACGGCAACCGACAUUAAAAGCAACGACUUGCAAACGCCCAAUGCCGAUGCAGGCUCCAGGCAAAACUGUGGAAUUAGUAAAGACAUUCAAAACCUAAAGUGCGAGAUAAUCACAAAACUGAAUUCGUCGGAGAUACCUGUUGCGCUCGAAGAGUUGGACAGGGGGGUGAAGAAGACGCACAGCUUCGCUGGGAGCGAUAUUUCGAAAACGAGUCUGACGAGCAGCGAAAACACGGAUGUGUCGAUUAUCACAACCACCACAGAGGGCAGCCCCUCGUUGCUCAGCACCGAGGGUUUCUGCGAGGGCGAAAGUAGCGACGUUUCACCCGGUUCCACGCUGAACAAAUCCAAUAGAUGUUCGCCUACGAUGAUUACGGAUAGCGAGAACGAAAUCACAAUGAUCUACGACGGUGAUGAUGAUGAACAGACGAUGAUAGUUGAAAACGGUUCUAAAUUGCCGAGGAAAAAGCUAGGAAUCGGUAGAUCGAGGACACAGAAGGCUUUGAACGAAACGGACAUGAUCGAACCGACGAAUAUCGCGAGAACGGAAAGUAAAGACGACGGAAUGGACUGUAACUUUGUGUCAGAAGACGAAGAAAAAGAACAGGAACCAAUUUAUGUAAACGCUUGCAACGAGACAAACUCGAGAAAUUUAGAACACACAGGAAACGUGAUCGCGGAAAUGCCGAAGAUGAACGAGGAUUAUAGUAAUAAUAAUAAUAACAGUAGCAAUAACGGGAGUAAUAAUAAUAAUAGUGUAUGCCUAAAAAUGGAAAUCGAAGAACAGAACGCAGAAGAGACCAGCGGGAACUGGUACAGCGACCCUGACGAGGAUAAAGUCAACGACGACGUCUUUAGGCACAGCACAUAUCGACCGAAUAGCAAACAUAAUUCCGUUUUGGAGUGUGUUAAUCAGAUCCUUUUACGAGACAUGGAGGAGGAAGAGAGUAUUCUUUCCAUACCUAGGAGGUUUAAACAUCGAGGAAGAAUCGUCCGAUUUCAACCAGCUAAAUUAUCGGAUAUCGAGUCCGUGGGAUCCGAAAUGGAGAGGAAGAACUCCGAAGAAGGAAUUACAGAAAAAGAAUUAGCUAGCAACGAAUUGCCCGAUGUUUCUGUAAACAGUUUCGAACCCACUGCUACGGAAGAUGAGUUUGGCAUGAGUCUUACUGAAAGUGCUUCAACCUCAAAUGUUGCAACCACGAUCACGAAUCAUGAGUCGAGUCUUGAGGAAGAAUCGGAAGAAUCAAAGGCUAUUCCAAUUGUCAUUAUAGAACCAAAGGUCGAAGUGGAGGAGACGAGGCACACGAGUUUCCCCUCUUCACAGGUGAUACAAAAGACGAAAACGUCUGUAAAUGCGUCGAAUCCACCUUUAAAAUUAGAGCGUAUCGAGGAAAAGACUUGUCUGCAGAUGUCUACGAAAGGAUUGACCAUAGCGAAAAAUUUGGAUUAUGAAGAUAUCGAGUCACUUCCGGAGAUUAUACCACCACCUCCUAAAACACCUCCUGCGUUGCCUCCCAAACCGCAGUUCAAGAAUAACACGUUAAUCUUAAAAAAGAUUCCUAGCCCCUCGUUUCUCAUCGAUGAGACGCGGAAGAAGCAACAGUUACUUGAACCUAGUUCGUCUGAACAUAGCAAGAAAAUAUUCGGUUUUAUAUCUUCUCCUUUAAAAUCUGCGGGAAUUAACGUAUCAUCUGCGAGAAGUUUAAACUUCGACGAUGCGAUUAAUAAAGUUACAGGGAACAAUGAAGAGGGGAACUUCUGGAAAAACAGGUUUAAUAAUGUCCGAUCUUCAUUCCAGACGCGUCAGAGCGUCAGUCAUGAAACUAGUGGGGAACAAACCCGGAAAAUUCCCAGAGUCACUAACAUUGUUCGCCAUUUUGAAGAAUUCAAAAUUGGCGGUGAAUCGGAGGAUCAAACAAAAGAACGCACAAAAACCAAGGAGAAACAUGUCCAUUCAGAAUUUGAUCAGGAAUUUGAUAUCAGACAAAAUUUUGAAGAGUUCAAUUUGGAUGAAUGUGAUUUGUCAGAUGAUCCCGAUAGACCAGAGGGCGAUGGAUCGGAGAGGCUCGGUAAUCUUGGGGCGACGGUUGGUCAGAACGAGAAAACUGCCGCAACCAAAGACAAUAAUAAUGUUCCUCUUGCUGCGAGCAAUUCGAGCAGCGGCUACGAUCACUUCUUAGAAGCUACAGGUCUUAGCAACAAAUCCAUAUUAACACCAUCGAGGUUGCUGAGCAACCACAAGAGUAUGUUAAAGCCAAAAGACGUCAAGUAUAAGAAUAAGAUCAAAGCGACAGCAGUUAUGGAAAAACAUGGUGUUUCCACGACGAACAAUACUACCCAUAUUAGACAUUGGACUGGCCCAUUUGUCUGACGACUGGUUCAAGUUUUUCCAAAAAAUCUGUUUCGACAAGAAGCAUCUGCCGAAGGAACUUAAAUUAAUAAGCAAACGAAAAAUAGUAACCAUAAUAUGAAUUAGUGAUCAUUAAAACCGUGCUAGGAACAUGAUUCUUUAAGUGCAAAAUGUAAUUCUGUAAAUUAUUAAUGUUCUCUUUCUUCUUUUUAAUACCUUUAUCAGAUUUUUUGUUACUAAAGAAAUUGUGGAACGUAGAAGUUAAUUUAUUUAUAGCACCUUCAAUUUAAAGAAUACUUGAAUAUGUUGUAUAUUUUAAUAAAAUGUUGCUUACCUA